AACUGCGCUUUCCAUCUGCGGCUAGCGCGCUUGCCAGCGGCUGCAACGAAGACGACGAGCGCGGCUCCGCUAGCGCUGCUGCCGGCGUUCGCGUUUUCCUCCUCAGCGCGGCGUUGGAUGUGGCGCCUAUCAAGAUGAUGCAUCGGUCCUCCCUGAGGCGCUUCAUGCGCCAUGUCCGCUUCUACUCCUCCAAGGCGGCGGAGGUCGGUGGUGGAGAGCGUAGCUACAAGCUGCUCGUUGUCGGUGGUGGAUCGGGCGGCAUCGCCACGGCUGCAAAGUUUGCAUCCAAGCUGGGCAAGGGAAAAGUCGGCGUGCUCGAGCCCCACGAUAUGCACUGCUACCAGCCCCUGUGGACGCUGGUCGGCGGCGGAAUCAAGCAGCUGUCCAGCUCCUUCAAGCCAAUGGCCGAUGUAAUGCCCAGCCAGGCCGACUGGAUACAGGACGCUGCCGAGACCUUUGCGCCGGAGGAGAACACCGUGGUCACCAAGCACGGGCUCAAGAUCAAGUACGACUUCCUCGUGGUAGCGAUGGGAAUCCAGGUGCGGUUUGACUUGAUCGAUGGCCUGAUGGAAGCCUUGGAGACGCCUUACGUGUGUUCCAACUACUCGUACAACACGGUCACCAAGACGCACCGGGUGAUGCAGGCGCUCAAGGAAGGCAACGCCAUCUUCACUUACCCGGCCACGCCCAUCAAGUGUCCCGGCGCAGCGCAGAAAAUAAUGUACCUCACCGAUGCAUACCUCCGAAAGGUAGGGCGGCGCGAUAAGGUGGACAUCAUCUUCAAUUCAUCCUUGGGUGUGAUCUUCGCUGUGCAAAAGUACGCCGACGCCCUCUGGGAUGUAGUAAAGGGACGUGGAAUCACCGUUAACCUGAAGCACGAGUUGGUCCAGGUGCGGCCGGCCAAGAGGGAGGCUGUCUUCCGCUUGCUUAACAGCACAGCUGAUCCGAAGGAGACCGUCACGUUCAAGUACAACAUGCUUCACGUGGUGCCCCCGAUGAAGCCGUCAGCGGUGAUCAAUACGGGCCCUUCGUUCGCCGAUGCUGCCGGGUACCUGGACGUGGACGGCGAGACGCUGCAGCACAAGCGCUACCCCAACGUCUUUGGCAUCGGUGACUGCACCAACGUGCCCACGUCCAAGACAGCAGCCGCCGUUGCUGGAGAAAUCGGCAUACUGCGCAAAAACCUCACGAGCGUGAUGAAAGGCAAGGCACCAACCAAAAAGUACAAUGGCUACACGUCGUGCCCGCUGGUGACCAGCUACGACAAAUGCAUCCUAGCUGAAUUCGACUCCAAAUCGGAACCGCUGGAAACUUUCCCGUUCAACCAGGCCAAAGAGCGCACCAGCAUGUUCUACAUGAAAAGGGACAUGCUGCCCUUCAUCUAUUGGAACUUGUUCUUGCGUGGCUACUGGGAAGGCCCCGGAAUCUUCAGAAAAGCGAUUCGCGUGGGAUUCUCUAAAUGAAAUUUCGAUUUUUGUUUUGCUAGUGUAUGCAUUUACUUACGCUGCAGUGUUCUACGAAUGUUAAUUUGCCUCGAUUAAAAGCAGGCGCUUCUGAUUGUGACUGUUGCGUAGGGGUGCAGCGGAUACCCUAUGCCAGUUUUGGGCAGUUCUUGAGCCACUUUACUUGUCUUCACACGCUACGAAGACUGAUUACACUCCAAUUUUGAUAAGGAACGGAAAUCAUGUGGUGUGCAUACAUUCCAGAGGAAAUAUUGCAAAAUUCAAAACUGUGCAGAAGGUUGGCAAAUAUAUGUUUCGAUAGUUUGUAUUCAAGUUUUAUUUUAUAAUAAGCGUCUGCGUAGUAUCAAGUCUUUCGUGCAGUGCACCCAACUAUGCUCUAUAGACUAGUUGGGUGUACUCUAUACCAACUACAUAGUAUCAUUUCUUCUGUGUAGUGCCACUAUGCAACUUAGUCAUUUGAGCGGUUAAAGCCGCAUAAUAUUGUACAGCUUGUUAUUCGCGCGCUGCUGUAAAAAGUUUUUCAAUUCCUCGUGCACCUAAGUGCUUUGUGUUUUGUGUUUAUGAAACAUCAAAAAUAAAGGCGCUAUUUAAUAGUGUGGCA